AUGAAACCAGCCCACACAGCGCGCAAAGCAGCCAAGGCUCGCGAAGCCAUCAAGCACACCAAGACAUUCUCCGGCUGCUGGACCUGUCGCGACCGCCAUGUGAAAUGUGACGAGGCAAGGCCCCAUUGUGCCCGAUGUACCAAAGGCGGAUUCCAAUGCCUGGGGUACGGCAUCAAGCUCGUCUGGGUCGACCCGGACAGUCAAGAACGCGAGCAGAACAUCAGGCGCGUCAUUGGCGCACCCACCGUCUAUGACGAUGGAUCGAAUUUUAUGAGUGUCGACGUCCACGAGGCAUUGGAGGAAAUAGAAAGUCUCGCGCCAGGAGCUGGAUGCCUGUCGUCAGGCCCAUUUUCCGUCUUUCCACUGCAAAGAUUUGAAAUGGGACACGUCAACCUAUCUCGUGGACCAGAACCACCGGAGCUUCCAAAUCGUGAAAGACGAGAGUCGGUCUCGUUACCAGAUCGGACGGAGGAGAUCUUAGAGGACAAUGGAGAUGAGCUGAUAGAAGCCGUCAUUUCUCCAUCCACAGUCCAUCCCCGAACUCCAUCGUAUGCCCCGGACACAUCUACACAGUGGCCAUCAAGCCCUGCUCUACCGCUAACCAUACGCCACCUCGACCUUCUACCCCGGCCCGCCGAGCAACGAGACCUCAUCCACCAUUGGACAAACUUCGUCUGCUGGCACCUCGUUCCCGUGGACCGGCCAGACAACCCAUUCCGCAGCGUCUUCACGCCCAUGGCUCUUGCGGGCCUCGCAUCGCCGUCGAACCAGUCCAACGGACAGAUUGCGCUUUUCCACGCGCUGUGCGCCACCUCGGCGUUCAGCCGCGGGCAACUCCUCAACGGAGACAGCAAGAACCUCACACUGGCGAUGAAGCAUUACAAUCUGGCAAUCAUGCACCUGCGCCAUAGCCUAGUGAAUCUCAAGGAUGAGGAUCACGACCUCGGUCAGGUCCAUCUUCAACGGGGUUCCAUUCUCGCAACCAUCACCAUGUUCUCGGCAAUGGACAUGAUCACCGGCCGCUCAAGCGAAUGGCGUACGCAUCUGCAAGGCGGAGCCUCCUGGCUGUCCACUAUAGAAAAGAGCGAGUGGGACCGCGACAAAUCUUCCUCGAUGGUCUACCAAGGUUACCUUGCGAUUGCGGCACUGUGUAAUAUCAAUCUGCCCUCCACCAUCGAUGUCGAAUCCGAAAAUUUUCUGGGCGACGAGAGAAACUAUGUGCUCGAUCGGUUCUUCGGUCUUACCCGUCCGAUACUGAAGCAUAUCGUCAUGAUGAAUAGCCUCAUUAAGCGCAUCUCUACCACAGCUUCCGAGCCCCCAACUGCCACAAUGUUGGAUGAUCUGGAGACUCAAAUAUACGCCCAGACACCGUCGAAUCUUGACCUCUCAGGCCUUCCACCUGUUGCUCAAUCCCUAACCCUGCACCACGCCUACGUCUUCUACUAUGCCUCUAUAAUAUACUUCCUCCGCGCCGUGCGGCGCCUUCCCCCACAAAUCCCCUGCAUCCAGAAUAUGGUUUCGAAAGCCCUCACGCACCUCGAAGAUAUAGAAAGCCUUGGGGGCGACAGCAUAGGCUGUACAUUAGUGUGGCCGCCGUUCAUUGUGGCGUGUGAAUGCUUGAGUGAGGAGAUGCAGGAGAGGAUGCUUAAGUGGUAUAGGGUGAAAAGAAGGCAUGGAUUCAUGAACCUGGAGAUAUCCAAGGACAUUGCGCGAGAAUUGUGGCGGAGACGGCAGCUGGCGAGUGAGGGAGCUGCAGCGAACGUUGAUGUGCAGUGGCAGGAUGUCUUAAGCGAGAUGAAGAUGGAUAUUGUCCUUGCCUGA